AAAAUCAAAUCCUUCAAGUUCCAGACACGUCCAUCCACACUCUCUUCCCACUCCAAACAAUAUCACAAAGCGGUUGCUCUAUCAAUCCAGACUCUUCUAUAUCUAUACUAUAAUAUCUAUAUACUACUAUCACAUUUCACAAUGAUUCUCUAUGAUUCUCUUCUUGUAGAUUUCCCAACACUGUUUGAUUACCAAUUUCCCACAAUAUCAUGGGUUGGUACAGAAGAUCAAAACUCGCAUUCGAGACCCUUCACACCUUCGUUUCAAAGAUCAAACCCCAAAACAACCCAAUUCGAAAUCCCACUCACUUCACCCAAAUCCCAGGUUUCUUCUCCGAUGUCCACAACUCUGGGUUUUCAAUCUGGGUUCAAAUUCAAACAGAAUCAACACAACCCAUUUCAUGCCUUUCCUCGUAGAUUUUACAAUGCUGAUCGAUACGAUGUUCAGCAUUUCAAGCCUCGAGGUCCUCGAAAAUGGUAUAACAAUCCCAGAACUGUAUUCACUGUUGUGCUGUUGAGUUCUGGGGUUAUAAUCACUGUCUAUUUCGGGAAUCUGGAGACUGUCCCGCACACAAAUCGAAAGCAUUUCGUGCUGUUAUCGAGAAAUCUCGAGAAGCAAAUCGGAGAAGCUCAAUUCAAGCAAAUCAAAGCUGCAUUCAACGGGAAAAUCUUACCUGCGAUUCACCCAGAAAGCAUUCGAGUCCGAUUGAUCUCUCAGGACAUCAUAGGGGCUUUGCAUAGAGGGUUGAGGAUUGGGGAGGCUUGGAAUGAUCUUGGGUACGCGUCGGUGAACGAUUCGAUAUCGGAGAUUGAUGGGAUUGAGGCUUUGGUUGCUCUGAGUGAGAGCAAAGAAGGGAAGUGGUAUAGAGAUGAUGAGGUUCUUGAUGAUAAGUGGGUUCAGAAGAGUAGGAAGAAAGGGAAGGAGAGAGGGUCUAAGCCUGAUACAGGGCAUUUGGAAGGGUUGAAUUGGGAGGUGUUGGUGGUGGAUGAACCAGUUGUGAAUGCUUUCUGUUUGCCUGGUGGGAAAAUUGUGGUGUUUACUGGGUUGCUUCAGCAUUUUAGAACAGAUCCUGAGAUUGCAACUAUAAUUGGGCAUGAGGUUGGGCAUGCUGUGGCUCGACACAUAGCUGAAGGAAUUACGAAAAAUCUAUGGUUCGUCAUGUUGCAAUUGAUUCUUUUUCAGUUCAUUAUGCCUGAUCUUGUCUAUACAAUGUCCACUCUUUUCCUAAAGCUUCCUUUUUCACGGAGGAUGGAAAUGGAGGCUGACUACAUUGGGCUGCUGUUAAUGGCUUCAGCCGGGUAUGACCCUCGAGUGGCGCCAAAAGUGUACGAGAAGUUGGGUAUGAUCACGGGCAAUUCAAAGUUGAGAGAUUAUCUCUCUACACAUCCUUCUGGAAAGAAGAGAGCUGUGCUUCUAUCCCAAGCCAAAGUCAUGGAAGAAGCCAUGGCCAUAUAUAGGGAAGCCAUCUUGGGACAAGGGGUUUUGGGUUUUCUUUGACGACAGUGAGAAAACAAGAAAUAGUCCCCUCUCUUCUCUUUAUUUUUAACCUCUGCUGAUUAUUUUUAUUUUAUUUUAUUUUAUUUUUUAAAGUCUUUUGUUUUGGUUUCAGCUGUAAUGAUCUUUGGCUUUUAACUUAGUUGUUGUGUAUAGGGUAGUUUUUCAAGAACAUUAUGUAUACCUCUACCAAAAUCUGUAUUAGGAUUUGGAGGUUGUAGAGAAUAGAUCAUGUAUGUGAAUAUUCUAGCACAAGAGUAACUUCUAAUUUUACUUGUUUAACUGCUAUUUUUA